AUGACUACAAAGAAUAUAUCUACUGCUAAUAAUAAUGAUGAUGAUGGUCUUGAAUCAGUUCUUGGAGAUGAUGAUGAAUUUCAAGAAGCUGCUUUGUUUGUUCAAAAUAAUCUUUCACUAUUUUCUCGUGAUGAUUUACUUUAUUUAUAUGCUCGAUUUAAACAGGUUACUGUUGGUGAUAUUAACAUUCCUCGACCAGGUUAUUUUAGUUUUGAAGCAAAAACAAAAUGGGAUGCCUGGAAUUCUCUAAAAUCGAUAUCAAAAUUUCAAGCAUCCAAAGAAUAUAUCCAACGUGUGACAGAUAUAAAGCAAAAAAACAAUAUAGAAAAUCAAAAAUCAACAAAAACUGGACCAAGUGUUAGUCGAUUAUUAGUACAAAAUGAUGAACAAAUGCCAGAUGAUGAUGAAAAAACAAUCUAUGAUUUCUGUCAAGACGGUAAUGAAGAACGUGUUGAACAAAUGUUGAAAAGAAAUUUUGAUGUUAAUAAACCAGAUGACAUGCAAUUAACUUUAUUACAUUGGGCAGCAGAUAGAGGCAACGAAUCAAUGAUACGUCUUUUAGUGAAAUAUGGAGCUAAACUCAAUGUUCGUGAUGAAGAUGGACAAACACCAUUAUUUUAUGCUGCUAAUUCAAGUAAUAUUCCUUGUAUGAAGCUUUUACUUGAACUUGGUGCUGACCCAUCAAUUCCAAAUAAUGAUGGUGAAUUACCAUCUUCUGUAUCACAAACAGAUGAAGAACGAACUGUCUGGACAGCAUAUUCAUAA